UAUAUUUCAACUUAUUCUUAAUUACUUAGAAAUGAAAACUGUGAUAUCAAAAACUAAUAUAUUCUGCCCCAGCCAUAAAUAGUAUUAUUAAGGCUGUAUGUUUCUAUUCUUUAUUACUUUCAGUUUAGCUUUUGGUGACAAGUUUUGUUGAAGCAGUGUAAAGAGCAAUGAUGUCUAAUUAUUAUAAUUUUUACUCAGUCUUUAGAAGCUACUGGAACCGAAAAUGCAAAACAGAAAGUGUUUUUUUAACAUUUCAAAAUGCAAUUUUUUUAAUAUUUCAAGAUAGCCCGGAAUGAAAUAUCACAGGAGAAGCUUAUAAAGACGUGAUUAGAAUAAUAUGAACGGAAAAGGAAGAAGAUUGAGAGUUGGGGUUAUGGAAGCAAAGCAUCUGACCAGACACAGAAGUAUCAUAGGAAAGUGUUGAGAAAGAUAGGACCUGGUGACUGACUCAAACAGGGUUGGAAUUAAAAAAAUGGAAAAGUCAAACAUUUUAUGUAAUUAAGAAAGUUUUGGUUUCCUCAAAGGAGUCAGAAUUCUAACGCAUGCUUUUACUCCUAUUGCCCCCAUUUUAUUAUUGCUUUUAAUGCCCAAGUCCUCCUUAGUACUACCAAUAUUACUCUCCAUGCACCAUUUCUUUCUUUCUUUAUUCUAAAACAAAAGUGUUGCAAACAAUAACUGAUACAACAAAAUUCAAUACCAAGACCAAACCCCAAUAAUAAAAGUGUUGAUAUCACCUCUUUCACAACUCCCUAAUAACUUUCCCAAUAUUUGACCCCUUCUGUCUCUCUUUCUCUUUCCCUUCUUUCUCUGCCAUGGAAGAUGAUGAGGCAUGCAUCACCAGUCUUAGCCUUGGACUAGGAAUGGGGAGCCAUGUCACAAAGAAGGAGAAGCAGAAACUCCCUUCUUUGGACCUAACGUUUCAGAUUUGUCCAAAGGGGGAGCAAACCAUUCACGUGGAUAAACAACAACGACAACAACAUCUUCUUCAUCAUGAUGAUAAGGCAAAAAGGUUGUUAUGUUUGAAGCACCCCACUGAAAAUAGCAGCCCUGAUAGCAGCAACAACAGCAGUAACGGCAGCAGAAAGAAACUGAAGCUUACCAAGGAGCAGUCAGCCACCCUUGAGGAUAUUUUCAAGCUGCAUAACACUCUUAACCCCGCACAAAAGCAAGCACUUGCUGAUCAAUUGAAUUUAAAGCAUAGACAGGUUGAAGUUUGGUUUCAGAACAGAAGAGCAAGGACCAAGUUGAAGCAAACAGAGGUGGAUUGCGAGUUCCUGAAGAAAUGUUGUGAGAAACUAACGGAUGAGAAUCUGAGACUGAAGAAGGAAUUGCAAGAGCUGCGUGCACAAAAGAUUGGACCAAAACCAUUGUACAUUCAACUGUCGAAGGCCACAACCUUGAGCAUUUGUUCAUCGUGCGAGAAAGAAUUGAAGCCUAAUGAAGGGAAGAAAGGAGGCAUUUCCGAUGUGGUCCGAAACAGCAGCCAGAAAUUGCAGAACAGCGUAGGGGUAAAGGGCAUUUAGAGGGUAUAAGGAACUCAUAAUUUGAUGAAAGAUAAUUGGAAUGUCAGAAUCAAAUAUUGAUGAUUAAUCAGGAAAGAAGGAAAGUACACAUCCUCAGUCCCCACAUCGAAUAAUAUGUAUAGCCGUGUAGGACUGCGUGUGGUAUAGGCCAGC